AUGAGGAAUCGUGAGCUUGAGGAAGUCUGGUUUUGGUAGGAAAUCCGCAUCAAAUAUAGCCACAAACUCGUAUGCUUUGACAUAGUCACAGCUCAUAGCCGACUUCAGGUUCCCGGCUUUGUAUCCAGUUCUGACCAACCGAUGGCGAUAAACGAUGUUAAUUCCCCGUUGACUCCACAUGGCAACCUCCGCUCUGAUCAGAAGCAUGAUGGACUCGUCAUCGGAGUCGUCGAGGACUUGGAUUAGCAGCCUGUCUCUUGGCCAGUCAAGCUGGCAGACGGCGGAAAUGGAUUGUUCAUACACCUGCAGAAAUCCCGAUCAAAACAGGUAACUGUUAUAAUUACUAACUUCAUUCAAGAAGAACAGAAAUUAAAAUAAAUAACCUUUUUUUUUCUUUUUUUACCUCCCUCUCGUUGCACAUGGGAAUCUGAACGAGGACCAUGGGAUACCCAGAAGACGGAUCCUCCGUAUUGCCAUCUUUGAGAGAGUCACCCUGAAUCCUUGGCUUGAUCUUCUUCAGCUUGAUCCAGAGGCAGCCUAGACACAUGAUCAUCCGGUCCAGGGACUGGAUGAUGAACAGAAGAACGCAGAAGCUCGACAGGAGUCGAAUUGGACGAGCGAUGUAAUCCGACCGGAAGGAAAGCCAGGAGAGGUACGCCGCGUGCAUCCACCCUCUGAGUUCAGUAGUCUCCGGAAGGUGCAGAAGUGGAGUUUUGAAAUGCCAGCCAUUGGCGUAGGCGACGGUCUCGAAGAGUAGAGCCACCGUGGAGAUCGCCAGGAAGCCUCUGAUGAAGACGAAGAGCAACUUCCCCCGGCCUGCACGAUCGCUCUCCAUGGAGACCCCCUGCCGGAAUAUCAGGCGCUUCUUGACGGUGUUGAGGAGCGCCCAGAGGGCAGCGACCAACCAGGCGACACAGCCGACGGCCCUGUGCGCCCUGAGGAGCAAAACCCAGGUGAACUGUCGGGCAUUCUUCCCCCGUCCCCUCUCCACACCGCGGAAUGCCAAAGAGUCGGGGCCGUCGAUCUCGACGACUGAGUAAUUAGGGUUCUCCAUCGUCACGACCACUGGGGUGCCCUUCCUCGCCUCCUUCGCCAACCAGUCGGGGAAGCCAAUCCUCGGAGCCAUGUCCCAGCCGCCGCCGCCGCCGCCGCCGACGCUUAUGCACCGAGGUACAAAACUCCUGAAAUCCUCACAAUGUCGAAGAAUCCCCGGCUGCCCAGAUCCCAAAUUCGAAGGCGGCGAGCGAGAAAAGAGCCAAGAAUCCGAAUUCAGUCCGCAGGCAUUUACCCUCGAACGCUAG